AUGCAUAUACUGGUCACCAAUGACGACGGCCCUCCAUCCGUCAGCACUUCGCCCUUUGUCCACCAGCUCAUUCGUGAUCUCCAGGCCUCCGGACAUGUGGUCUCGGUUUGUCUGCCGCACUCACAGCGGUCAUGGAUAGGAAAAGCACAUAUUAUUGGCCAGACCGUGAAGCCAACCUACUAUAGACCCUCUGAGCACUUUGACGUCACUCUGGACCCGGAUAGCUCGAGGCCUCAGGGUUCGACACAUACACGACCAUCACAGAACGGGGAAGAGGAAUGGGUUCUGGUGGACGGAACUCCAGCGAGUGCAGCACAAAUCGGUAUUCAUCACCUGUUCAAGCACCGUGGUCCAAUCGAUCUCGUUGUCAGCGGGCCAAAUUAUGGUCGCAACUCAACUUCCGUCUUUGCGCUGAGCUCUGGUACCUUGGGAGGGGCUCUCGAGGGAGCCGCCUGCAGGAAGAAAUCCAUUGCAGUAUCUUAUGCUUUCUUCUCUAGGAAGCACGACCCUACGAUCAUCAAUGCGGCCAGCAAGCAUGCUGUCAAGGUCAUCGAGGCUCUAUACGAGGCAUGGCCCUCGGACGGGAGUGUCGAUGUGUACACGGUCAAUAUUCCUCUCGUGCAGGAUGUUGGCAAGAAAGCAGUCUUCACCGACGUACUACAAAAUUACUGGGACGACGCCGACGGCGGCUGCUUCGAGGAGGUUGAGGGCAGUGUCGGAGAUGAGGAGGAGGAGGAGGAGCGCAUCCGUGAGCGCGAGCAGGCUGCCACCUCGAUCCCAACCACAGAUGACCAGACCACCAAAAUUUCGACGGUAUCCCAUCGGCACUUCAAAUGGGCCCCAAAAUUCUCAGGUGUCUACCGAAGCGUUGAAGAGGCCCCUCCUGGCAACGACGGCUGGGCCUUGACUCAAGGGUUUACCAGUAUCGCUUCCUUGAAGGCCAACUUCCAGCAGGCAGCCCCUCAUCUCCACGGCCAAGAAUUGAAAUUGUCAGGUCUUAUCGCUACAGCCCAAGAAACGACCUCAUCAAAACCUUUGGGGACGACAACGCUUGCACUAAGACCAAAAAAUCACUUUUACGCUCUUAUCGACUACGGGGAUGCGUACGUGCAGCCGCUGAUCCUUGACGCCUUAAACAAGGUAUUUCCUCGUGAAACCUUCACUUUGUUGGCAUCGCCCAAGCGGUCGACAGAUGCGGAUGACGCCCUAGAGAUAACCGUAAGGUCUCUCUUGCCUGAAAAUGCCCCAGAAGACGCAAAGAUACUGCAGAUCACUCAGUACGAGUCGAUAGACUGGGAUUACGUCGGCACGCAUCCACGAACAUGCCUGGUAAAUAGUUACAUGCUUCGAAAAGCGCUCAUCCGCAAACAUUAUCUCUCGGCCACCGUGGAGAAUUGGGUGGCCAAACGACCUGACUCGUCCUUGAAGACCCAUGUCAAGAGGAGUGAAGCCUUCGAAGUGGACUAUGCCGAAUUCCUGGACGAUUCCUUGAUUGAGGCAUUCGAUUUGAGGGCCAGCAUGGAGAAGAACGAACAGAUGACUGCCAAUGAUGCAUCUGUUGAGAGUAUCGAGUGGUGGAUACUGAAGCCAAGCAUGAGUGAUCGUGGUCAAGGGAUCCGAUUGUUCAGCACUAUGGAGGAGCUGCAGGCAAUCUUUGACGAGUGGGAAGAUGACGAGGCCGACGGAGAUGAUCAGCAAGACGACACCGGCAUCAAUGCCAGCCACCUACGCCACUUCGUUGCACAGCCUUACAUAAAUCCACCACUGAUUUUAAGUGGUGAUGAUCGCAAGUUCCAUAUACGAACCUACGUCGCUUGUGUUGGAAGCCUAGAUGUCUAUGUUUACCGACAUAUGUUGGCACUCUUUGCUGGAAAGCCUUAUGUGGCGCCUGGUGCAGCAGCCAAGAGCACAUCUACGGACAGUCCAGAUGCCAUCGACCUGGAGUCGCAUUUGACGAACACAUGCCUUCAGCGCUCUGUGGCGGACAAUACCGUUCAGCAAUUCUGGGACGUUUCGCUGCCUCAGACAACCAAGGAGCAUAUCUUGAAACAGGUGUGCGACAUCACAGGUGACGCAUUUGAGGCUGCAGCACGAGGCAUGAUGAUGCACUUCCGGCCGCUCGACAAUGCUUUCGAGAUAUUUGGGCUCGACUUCCUGGUUGACGCGACUGAGCAUGUCUGGCUACUCGAGGUCAAUGCCUUCCCGGACUUCAAACAGACGGGUGCGGAGUUGCAGAGUCUUGUCGAGGGACUUUGGGAGAACGUACUGAGGGUCGCAGUUGGCGGGUUCUUGGGCAGUGAGCACGGGCAGACGGCGUGUGCUGCGGGGGAUGCGAAAGAUCGUUCCAGUCAAAAUCGUGACUUGAUUUUGGUCCGCAAGAUUGAGCUUGGUGCGCAAUUUGGCGCGUAG